AUGUUCCACUUUGAUGGAUGGUCGAAACCGGAGCACCCCGGCCCCCCACCUCAUCCGGGGGGCCUUCUGGAAAACAAUGGGUGCUCGGCGAGACCAAACGAGGUAAGAUUUUGUUGUUUUUUGAACUGUUUGACCUUGAGUUAGUAAUAUAGUAAAGUAAUAUAGUAAAUACAGUCUACUACCUUCAGACGAAGGCCGGUCCAGACCAGCGUGGAUCCGGCACCCUCGCCCCCUGAAUCAGCCCGGGGGGCUUCUGGAAUCAAAAAAGGGUGCCUUGGUCCACUUGUCAUGGUCGAUUUUGUGGAUUUUGGACUAAAAUGAGGUAAGUUAUCAUGCUGAAUUUAUAAUUUUGCCUUUAAUUCUUUUCAGAAUUCCCUAAAAAGGAACACUGAGGGAACGGUGGAGCACCCUAGCCUUGAAUCAACCCCAGAGAUCCUCUCAAGGCCCGCCACCGAAGGGAAUGAAAGAAAAAAAUGUAAAAAAGUAAAAAAAAAUUAAAAGGGCCAAAAAAAGCCAAAAAAAAAAACAAAAGCCAAAAAAACGAAAGGCCAAAAAAAGAAAAGGAAAGAAAAAGAGCCAAAAAAUUUCAAAGGCCAAAAAAGAAAAGGCAAAAAAAGAGCCAAAAAAUAAUAAUAAAGGCCAAAAAAAGAUAAAAAAAAAAGAGCCAAAAAAAUAAUAACAAAGGCCAAAAAAUAAAAAAAUACAUUUUUUGAAAAAAAGAGAAAAGCCAAACAAAGGCAAAAAAGUAAAAAAAUUAAAAAAAAAGAAAAAUAAAAAAAGAAAUUGUAACUGAAAUUCAAGUAAAAAUUGUUUAAUACCCGGCGAAGUCAGCGAACACAAUCAAUUGUUCCCAGCGGAUGUCUACGAUGAGAUUAUUGCCCCGGCCUGCGUCUACGCCCGAACACUCAAUUUCUUCAGCUGUUCAAAGCCCUCGGAACUCAUCCUAAGGUAAAUUUUGCCAUGGAUAACAUAAAAUUUCUGACAGGAAAGUACUUCUAUGGCGUAUGGAGUUACAGGUCGAGUCAUAUGUCAAAAAAAUCGCAAAAUCUUUCUGAUUCAGAUGUAAAAGUAAGCUGCCUAAUUUUGAUUUGUAAGGGUGAAGAAAUCCUCAGACGCUUUCACGCAACACCACGCAAAUGCCUUUUUUGACAAGGUUUUUACCAAAUCAAAAGCUUUGUUUUGAGCUAAACUGAACCUUGGCAUCUUGACAAGCCUUAAAAUAUCAGAUUUGAUUAAUACUACACCUUAAUUAGUAGUUCCAAUAUAAAAAAAGGGCAUUUGUGUGGUGCUGCGAGAAAAGUUCUGAGGAUUUUUUCACCCUACAGUCCAAAAUCAGGCAGCUAACUUUUACAUAUUCUGAAUCAGAAAAAUUUUACGAUUUUUUUGAUAUAUGACUCGACCUGUAACUCCAUACCCCGUAGAAGUACUUUCCUCGUCAGAAAUUUCAAAACUUUUCUCCUAAUUACGGAGAAUUUUCUUGGAUGGGGAAAGAGUUGACUCGUCUUGGUCAAGUCUUCCUCUCCAGACGAAAAAUGCAAUGUUGCAUAGCUUUGGUUUGUUGCAGGAGGAGCGGGCUGUAUAACAGCAUGUUGGGAGCUUUUCUGAAUCAGUUUUGUUGUUUUCGGUUAAAAUUAUUGAUCUUAUGUCAUGUGUAAUAUAAUUUAUCUUUGAUCCUUUCAGAAUAUUACCCAAUCUUCGCCGUGGAGACUUGUGA